AUGAGUAACACUACAACUAGACAAGAGCGUCACCUGACGUCUCGCGGCGUGGACUGGCCCACGGCGGAGCGCGCCUGCUUCCUCGGCUCUGCAAGGCCGGACGACUCCGAGCUCGGGGCGCAGAUCCUCAAGGAUCUACACCGGACGGGGUGCUCGCUGUUCUGCGGCGCGGAGGGGCGCGAGAACCAGGGCAUGCUACGGCGGGUGCUGCUGGCGUACGCCAGAUGGAACAAAGAUGUCGGGUAUUGCCAAGGAUUCAAUAUGUUAGCCGCCAUUAUAUUGGAAGUCAUGGACAAAUCAGAACCCGACUCCUUGAAGGUGAUGAUCUACCUAGUAGAAGCGGUCCUCCCCGAGGGUUACUUCGCCGACGACCUGCGCGGGCUGUCGGCCGACAUGGCGGCGUUCCGCGACCUGCUGCGGCUGCGGCUGCCGCGGCUCGCCAGCCACAUGGACCACUUGCAGAGGAUAUCUGAUGCCGAGAUCAGAAGGAGUUCACGUUCUGGUGGUGGGGUUGAGCCUCCAUUGCCGGAUGUGUUUACUAUGCAAUGGUUCCUAACCCUGUACGCUACGUGGCUGCCCCGGGAGUCCCUGCUGAGGAUAUGGGACCUUGUCUUAUUAGACGGCAAUGAAGUUCUGCUGUUGACUGCUCUCGCUAUCUGGGAUUUGCUGCAAGAUCGAAUCCUGUCAGCGCGGUCAGCGGACGAGUACUACAGCUGCAUGGGCGGCGGCGCGGGCGCGGUGUGGGAGGCGGGCGACUCUCUGGUGGCCCGCGUGGUGGCCCUGGGCUCGGCGCCGGAGCUGCCGCGGCUGAGGCACCUGCACCGGUAUAGGGUGACGCCGCCCGCGCCGCCUGCUGCGCCGAGCCAGCCGCCGCUCAGCUCCGCGAUGCAAUCAAUGACGAAGAGGGGACUCCGUUUGUUCUACUCGGAAGAUGAAGGAGAUUCGAGUGAUGAUGGCAAUCGAAUGGCAUUGGCUACUGUGAUCCCAAGACGUGAAGAAAGGCUCGGUGCUGGUGACAGACUGUCACUGGACAUCGGAGCCCUGAAGCGUCAGUACGCGAGGCUGCGCGAGAGGCAACGACAGGCCCACGUCAUCUUGGCUGCGGCCUGCGCCAGACACGCUGCAGUCGGAGUGCCUACAUCACCGACAUCACUGACAGUGAACAAUCUACUCUUAGGAAAGAGUGCGAUUGUAAGCUCCCGAGGAAGGCGACUCGGGCCUCCGCCAGGCGCAAUCCCUCCUUCUCGUCUCGCAUCAACUGCUCGAGACAAACCAGAACAUCGACCAAAGACCCGCGGCAACGAAACUAUCAGUUGGAAAGAAGAAAAACAUCGAAAAUCUAUCAGCAGAAGAAACUCCGUCAAGUGGAAAGAUAUUAAGAAAGACAAAAUGAGUGACAGAGCACGCAAGGCGUCCAUCGAUUUAGAUGAAACUGGUGACGGUAUAAUAGUGUCAGAACGAGAAGCCAGUGAAAUUUGUGCUUCUUUACGCUCCCGUAGCUCCAGUGAUACGUCCUCUUAUUCGACUCAUUCUGAAUCUAGUUCUGACACUAGUUUGUGUGAUGAUAAUGCAAAAGACAGUGACUCUGAACCUGAUUUACCUGAUGAUGAUAAAAAAGGCAGUAUUCAAACAAAGGAAAAAAGAGCAUCCCCUACGAAUCUUAUAAGACAAAUUAAUGAGCUUUCUCCUGAAAAAUGUAGUGAAAAUAUAUCCGUGGAAUCCAUAACUAAAGAAAUAUCACAGUAUAUUAAAACUGAUGCCGGAGAACCUCUGCGCACUUAUAUUGCUGGAUUUGAAACAAAACUAAAAGAUACUAUUGUGAGUGAUAACAAAAAAAAUGAAAAACAUAAACCUCUAAUUAAACCUUUACCUAUAGUAAAAAAUGAAAUACCUUAUACAGAAGCUUUAAUUGCCGAGCCAGAUAACGUCCUUCAAAGAUUAAAUAAACCAAAGUAUUCAGAUAUAUUCGGAAAUAAUGAGAUAGUAAGACCAUCUAGUUUGCCAAAGAAUUCAAAGAAUUUUACAGAAUUAAGUCCGAUCGAUAUAUCUCCGUGUAAUUUUGAUUUUAGUCAUACUAGACCAACUUAUAAUUAUGAUUUUGAAUCCAAUUUUACUCAACCUUCAACAUCCAAAAUUGAUGUGACUGUAAGGCCUCCAGAUAUCAUUGAUAGCUUAACAAUGUAUCCUAAUUUUGUGCCAGACAUAGAAUUAUCAGAUAAAAAUAUUUCUGACCUAGAUAGCCCAUCAAGAAGUCCUGGGGCAGAAAGUAUAGUUGUAAGCGAAGAUGAACCUCCAAUACCUUUAAAAAUUGACAAAUAUUUUGAACACAGUCCAGACUUUUUCGGUGCAAGAAUAACGGUAACUGAUAAUGUAAACUCUGAUAUCCACAGUAGGAGACCAUGUAAAAGACAUUCUCGAUUGCCAAAGAAACCCGACUCGCUAACUUUACAUUCAUGCAAUAAUGAUAAACUUACGGGUCGUGAAGAAACAGAAAGAGCUUCUUCGCUACCUCAAAGUCACAGCUUUACGAAAAUGUCAGAUGAAAAUAUUUUCACGGAAAAUAAAGAUUAUUUAAGGUAUAAACAAGGCAUUUUAGAGGCGAAGGAAGAAAUAUUUGAGACAGCUACAGAUAAUGAGAAUACCAAAUCCCCUAAAGACUUUAUGCUUAGGUCAGGAAGAAAAAAUAGUGAAAGGGCUUUGCAGAUUAUACAAGAAAACUCCAAAAUACUUAGUAGGAUUCUAACUAAACAAAGUAAGUCGGAUGCAAAUGAAAAUAAACUAAACUCAGAUUUGCCACGUUCUAACUAUGAUAAAAUUUUAGAAAAAACUGUUGACAUACCCAUGAAAUUGAGUGAUUCUCCAGUUCUAAAGGAAUCAACAUCGGAUUCACUUAUUGGAUACAGAAACCCAGCGAAAUCAAAUGAAGCUGUUACUGAUGAGAAAAACGAUUUUCAGCGUAUCAGGCCCAUUUCAAUAGAUGAUCCUUUUUCAUUUGAAACUCGCAAUAAUGACCCUGAACUAUCAUACAAAAGCGUUAAAUCUCCGAGUUCAGAAUGUUUGGUAAACAAAACUGAUACAUACGGUUGGGAAAAUAAAGGAUUUUUAGUGAAAUGUGACUAUAAAAGCAUGCUAAGUAAACCUGAGGCUAAAGAGGACUUUGAUUUUUUAAAGAAAACAGCUGAUGUGGUCACGCACAGUGACGUCUCUGAUAAAAUAAAAACUGAAUGGAUCCAAAAGUCUACAUCAGAAGACAGUAGACCAUCGGUCACUUUACCCUCGUCGGACCCCAAGGACAAUUUGAACUUCGAAAGAAAAUUUUCCUCUGACGAAUAUAAUUUUCCGUUAUCUAGCAAGUAUAACGAUUUUGUGCUAUCCAAGGCAAGUGAUAUUUGUAGUAAAACAGUUAAUCAAGGACCUAAAGUGUGUGAAAACUUAUCAAAGACUGACAAUAGUCAGCUCAGUGACUUUGCUCAUGUUGUGACUUCUUCCAUAAGUUUUACAUACGAGCCGUCUGCUGAUGAUGACUCUCCCAUUGGGGCUAAGAGUAACUCUAGUGAUACUCUGUGCCAGAUCACGUCACUGGAUCAGGUGUCGACGCCGAUAUCUCCGAAGAUAUUUCCAAGGGAUACGCCGUCUUCUCUUCCAAAGGACUUUGGUGAGAGAAGUGAUAAAGUGAAGGUGGAGACAGACGACACAUGUAGUACAAUAACGUCGCUGAUAGAGACUGACACGUUGUCUUCGAUGUCGUAUCCACGCAGUCCGUCGACAGGUUCCUACCACCCAUUCCCCACCCGACCCCCGCUACGUAUGCCCAAGGAACUAGGAGUCCGCCUUGGCAUGUACCCCAAGGAAACCAUCAGCUCCCCUCCCAAGUAAAACGGAACAUUUCGAAUGCAAUAACUUGCUAAUAAGGCUAAAUUAUGAUGAAAUAACGUAUGUUACAUAAUUUUAAGAGUCAUAAUGCUUUUCUAAGUCAAUGUUUCUGAACCUUUUGUGUCAUUCUACAAAAAGUUUUUUAAGUGUUUGGUUUUGAUGCCCACUUAUGUAUUUUCUUAGUUUUAAUAUUAGCUUAUUUUAUUAUUUUAGCAUAAUUUUUUACUCUUCUAUUUUAUGGUGCCUACUUACCUAACUUGAUUUAAUAUUCUAAAAUCUUGAAACAUUUCUUUUUCAUAUAAUUUAGUACCUACUGAAAUAAACAUUUUGCAGGAAAUACUACCUACUUAAAGUAACAAAAGAUGCCUUCGAGUUAUGUAAAUGUGAAUUCUUGAUGCAAUACAAUAUUGCAAUAACGUAAUAGAUAGACAAACAUGUAACCUUAAAGUCAAUAAAGAUUAUAUUAUUGCAAGGAAUUAUUUAUAAAGUAGUCUAUAAAUAAGAUGCCUGUAAGUCAAAAUGGACGAAAUUAGAUGAUUCAAACCUUUUCGGUAUUAUACAUAGUCCACCUUGUCUUACAUGCUAUAUUGGAUCUAUCUUUGCUAAAGAAACUGAUUAUGUUGUUAGAAUUAAAUAUUUAUUCUACGACGAUAUUAAUAAAAUAUACAAGUGCAAAUUU